AUGGCCGAUCUUCCUAAACUAUCGCAGUUUUCCGUCGAUCGCUGUGUUAAGCCAGCCAGUUUCGACUACAUCUCUUCAAGCCAGCUGCACUAUUUUUCUGAUGCCUCAGAGAGCGGUUUCGGAUCGGUGUCCUACCUGCGUCUUGUUAAUGGCGAGGGUGCUGUUCACUGUUCUUUUCUGUGUGCCAAGUCACGUGUGGCGCCCCUAAAGACGAUUAUGAUCGAGCGCUUUGAGUUGUCUACCGCAGCAAUCUCCGUCAAACAGGACAAGGUCUUGAAGAGAGAAUUAAAGAUACCGAUUAGUUCCCAGUCCUUCUUCUGGACAGAUAGCACUGCAGUAUUACGUUACGUGAAGAACGAAACAAGGCGACUCCACGCUUUUGUAGCCCAUCGUGUCACGCUUAUUCGUGAUGGCUCUGAACCCCAUCAGUGGAACCAUGAGAAUGGCGACAUGAAUCCCGCCGACGACGUCUCUCGAGGAUUGACAGCUGACGUCUUCCUUGCUCAGCGGCGUUGGUUAAUGGGGCCCGAAUACCUCUGGAGGCCCGAACACAUGUGGCCAAUGCAGACCGAAGCAUUUAACAACGUCCUCGAUGGAGAUCCUGAAGUAAAGACGGAUGUUAAGGUGUGCAUGUCCUCACUAGCCAAGCAAAGCUGUCCACUGUUGAGUUAUUUCCAGAAAUGUUCUUCCUGGUUCCGCCUAAAGAAAGUUGUUGCCUGGCUCCUGCGCUACCGGGAAAGACUUCUGAAUGAGAGUAAAAACAAAGGUUUAGACCGUGAUAUUCCGAAUUACAUCACCCUUGAAGAGAUCGAGAGGGCAGAGGAAGAAAUUCUGAGGCAUGUACAGAGAAGAGCCUUCCCCGAGGAGUUCAACCAUCCCCCAAAACCAGUUAGGAAGAGUAGUCGCCUCUACAAGCUUGACUCAAUCGUUAUGGAUGGGCUUUUGCGCGUUGGUGGCCGGCUGCGUAAAGCAACAUUACCCGCAGAAUCAAAGCACCAGAUUAUUCUUCCGAAAGAAGAUCAAGUUACCAGAGUUAUUAUCGACGAUUACCACAGGGCAUGCGGCCAUUCCGAAAAUCGCGUGCUGGCUGAGAAACCACCUUUUGCAUCAGUGGGCGUAGAUUAUUUUGGUCCAUUCCAAGUCCGUCGAGGGCGGAGUCUCGUAAAGAGGUAUGGCGUGAUCUUCACAUGUCUAGCAAUCCGUGCCGUGCACCUCGAAAUUUCACAUGGCCUAGGUACGGACUCGUUCGUAUUGGCUUUGCGACGUUUCAUUGCAAGAAGAGGCCAAGUGAAGCAGAUCUACUCGGAUAAGGGGUCAAACUUAAUUGGUGGUGAGAAGGAGCUGCUUGACGCUAUUUCAGAUCGGAAUCAGGAAAAGAUACACAAUUCCCUGUUACAAAAGGACAUCAAAUGGUACUUCAACCCUCUCUAUGGUUCCCACUUUGGAGAUAUUUGGGAGAGAUGCAUCCGAACCGUUCGGAAGAUUCUACAAGCGCUGCUACGAGAGCAAACUACGGACGACGAGAGCCUGGCCACUUUAAUGUGCGAAGUGGAGAGUAUCAUGAACAGCCGACCCAUUACCACCGUAUCCAGCGAUCCGAACGACAAUGAGCCCUUGACGCCUAACCACUUGUUGUUGCUCAAAUUGGAAGUCUCCUUACCCCCCGGUCUAUUCAAGAGAGAAGAUUCCCUGUCGCGUCGUCGAUGGAAGCAAGUACAAUAUUUAGCGGACAUCUUCUGGAAGAGAUGGAGUAGGGAAUACCUUCCCCUUUUGCAACUUAAACAAAAGUGGGUGCACCCAAAGAGGAACUUGGCCGUUGGUGAUAUCGUUCUGGUCGCAUCUGAGUCGCAUCGCAAUUCCUGGCCGCUUGGCGGAGUUCUUGAAACCUUCCCCGACAAAAGAGGGUUUGUUCGCCGACAGCUGUCUACGAAAGACCCGUCGACAAGCUCUGUCUUUUGGUUGAAAACGAAUGUCCUGAGAACACUAAAAACCGAGAAACAUUUAGUUAAUUUGUACUUAGCCUUCAAUUAG